UGUCUAAACCUUAACUUUCAGGAAGUUAAAGUAUCUGCUUACUUAGGUGUCAGACAGAAAAUAUGAGAGGAAAAAAAAAACUUGUUCCAAUCUUUAGCAUUCGCUUAUAUUCGUAAGUUAACUUUGUCUAACAUAAAUGCCUUGUUCAGAAUUUAGCUCUGUGCCAAAAUCAUCUAACUAUCUAAUUGUUAGCUUAGCUAGCAAGCCUGAUUAGCCUGGCUAGAGUCCUAACUGCCAGCAGUUUCGGUUUCAUUCUUAGUUUGGUCAGUUUUGAUUUCUGUGUUGGGUUAGUGAACCUUUGGAGUGGAAAAUCCCUAAAUCAUUAUGUUCUAGCUUUGCUGUAUUAGUUAAUACUACGCGUAAAUAUAGCUUGCUGACAUCAAUGGCUCCUAAGAAAAAAGCAUUGCCUUGUCCUCUGCCUGAAGGAUGGAUCCUGACAGACACAGAGAAGAGAAAGUGGCGUCUCGGCAAAAUCAUUGGAAAAGGAGGCUUCGGACUCAUUUACCUGGCUUCAGACCAUGUGGAAUCACCUGUGACAGAGGAUACUAAUUUUGUGAUUAAAGUUGAAUAUCAUGAAAAUGGACCUCUGUUCUCAGAGCUGAAGUUUUAUCAAAGAGCAGCAAAACCUGAAAGCAUCAACAAAUGGAAGAGAGACAAACGGCUUGAUUUUUUGGGGAUCCCAACCUACUGGGGCUCUGGACUCUCUGAACAUAAUGGAACCAGGUACAGGUUCAUGGUGAUAGACCGUCUGGGCACUGACCUGCAGAAGGUGUUUGUGGAAAAUGCUGAACAGCUGAAGAAGCAGACAGUGUUGCAUUUGGGUUGCCUCAUGGUGGACGUCCUGGAAUAUAUUCAUGACAACGAAUACGUCCAUGCUGACAUUAAGGCUGCCAAUCUCUUACUGGGCCGCAGAGACCCAGGCAAUGUGUACUUGGCUGACUAUGGACUGUCAUACAGAUACUGUCCUAACGGAGAGCAUAAAGACUACAAAGAGAAUCCAAAGAAAGGACACAAUGGCACGAUUGAGUAUACAAGCAUUGAUGCUCACAGAGGUGUAGCCCCAUCCAGACGAGGGGACCUGGAAGUGCUGGGCUACUGCCUGCUCCACUGGCAGUGUGGAACUCUCCCCUGGCUGUCAGUGCUCAGGAAUCCAGUACAGGUCCAGGAGGCCAAGGCCAAGCUCAUGGAUAACCUGCCAGACUCAGUGAUCCAAAUGUCCACCUCUGGUAUCAGUCUAGCUGAGGUAGCCCAUUUCCUGCUUGCUGUGAGGACGUUGGGCUACAAAGAAAAACCAGACUACGAUGCUCUAAGGAAGGUACUAUCACAUGUCAGGCCCCGAGGCCCACUGGACCUCUCCAGACCGAGAGCAGCAGAGUCAUCCAGGCCAGCGGCAAACAGGGCCCAGCCUGCAGUGAGAUCAACUAAACCAAAGCCUGCAACUCAUGGUGAAGACCUCACUAAACUUCACUACAGAACCAAAGAGAAAGCAAAGACAGAAGAACAGCCUUACAAGGUCAAUUCUGCAGCCUACACACGUGCGAGGUCUAGGCGUGUGGCCAUUGACCAUGAUGAAGACCAGGAAGAAGAAUAUGAUCCUUUGCCACCAAGAUUCCACCCCAAAACACGAGAAGGCACAAAGCAAAGGCAAAGACUUGAACAAUUGGCUCCAGUAUUUGGAAUGAGGAGAAGAGAUGAGGAUGGUCUGCAAAUGCUGAAACAGCACCAGGAUUUCAGCCCCGAUGUCACUGACCACUGGGGAAGAAAUGACCACUUGUGGGAGGACUACUGCACAAGAACCAGCGACGGGGAGGACUACUGGGACAAACCAAAAUAUAACUGCUGGGAGGAAAUUGAUUAUAAUGGACAUCAGUUGAAUGCUGAUGUGCACAGUGAAUACUACUCGCCACACAGCAACAGGAACGACAGUCAGAACUCCGAAGACAAGCCUUUUAUUCAGUGGAGCUGUAAAAUUUAUGCAUGCAUCAUUACUGUUGCACUCUUCCUUUUUCUGGUUGCUUUUACUGUCUUUUGAACACAUGGUGUUUGGUUUUCAUAUUCCAGUAUUAAGAACGAAUUUCUUGUCCUUCUGAAACACAGCAGCCAUUUUACAGAGUGGUCACGGUUUUUGUAUGGCCAUUUUCACUGUGAUGGGCUGGGAAAAAAACGAAGUGUUGAGAUUAACGUCUUUUAGUAAUUGUAACAUGUAUGAAUCCAUGAAAAUCAUUUUUAAAUAAAUAAAGCAUGCUAUCCUAAAAUAA